CUUCCACUUGCACAUUUUUCUUUUUAGUUAUAUAUUUACAUUAAUUCGCGACAACUCUCGGCAAAUAACAAAAACAAAAAUGGAGCAAGAAAUGUCAAUUCCCGUCAACCACGACGACUUUAUUCACGAUAUUGCCUACAACUUUUAUGGAACACGUCUUGCCACAUGCGGCUCCGACAGGUGCAUAAAGAUUUGGGAUUUGGACAAACAGGCGGGAUUGUGGAUUCUCAACGAGACGCUUUCCGGCCACGACAGCUCCGUAGUCAAGCUGAGCUGGGCGCACCCCGAAUUUGGACAGAUUCUGGCCUCAUGCUCGCUAGACCGCAGCGUCAGGAUAUGGAUGGAGCAAAAGUCCAACCUGAAGAACAAUACACUGCACUGGAAGUCUGUGUCGGUUCUCAACGAGAGCACAUGCGCGGUGCACAGCAUCGCCUUUGCGCCAGAGUACAUACACCUGGCGCUCGCCGCAGCCAGCUCCGACGGCAAGGUUAGGUUCUACUCGCCGACCGAUGUUAUUGGCCUGACCAACUGGACGGCGUCUGGAAGCAUUGAAUUUAUUCCGGGCGGCGCGAGCGACUCUGACGGCCCCUUGUGUCUGUCAUGGUGCAAAUCUAGGUUCUCAACAAAGUCCAUGAUUGUCAUUGGCGGCAGCAAAGGAAACAAGGUCAAGGUGUACCAGCGCGACAAUGUGCAGCAGUGGGAUGAGAUUUACCAGCUCGACAGCUACGACGCCUUUGUCCUUGACAUUGACUGGGCUCCCUCGAUGGGUCGCUCCUAUCAUUUGAUUGCGACGGCGUGCUCGGAUGGCCAUAUUCGCAUAUACAAGUUCUGGCCGGAGCCGACACACCUCAGUGCGGAGCUGACUGACUCGCUGUUUAUCCGCGAGGGCGACGAGUUUGACAACGAAGAGCUCGGCUCAGCGCCCCACGUCGAGGCCGGCAACGGCGGCUAUUCAGACGAGAGCGACGUCGAUGACGAUGAGGAUGGCGAGGAUGCUAGCGACGAGGGAAGCAGCGACAGCGACAGCGAUGAUGACAGCGACGGCAGUACCUCCGAGUCUGGAGACGACGCGCGGCCGGAUAGGUCAGGGCGCGCCAAGGGCUCGGGAAAGAAGUCAAAGGCCAAGGACGAUGGCGGUGCUGGCAAGGCGUGGGUCCCGCGGUCCGAGCUGGUGGGUGACUUGAUCGUGGACCCGCAGGUGCCGAUCCGGCGUGUCCGGUGGAACAGCACGGGCACACUGCUGGUGUCGAGCAGCGACGACGGUGUGGCGCGCAUGUGGAAGAUGUCUGUCAACGGCACAUGGCGCGAGAUUGCGGCAAUAACAGCAGAGAAGAGCAGCGCAGAGGCGUGAGCCAAGGCGAGUUUCUUGUUUGUGAAGUAAUAAUGUUGA